UUCAGCAAUAGUGAGACAAGUAAAACUGAAAAAAUGAAAAGCGGUAGGAGACGCCAAGAAGAGCACAACCUAUCAACAAGGUUUGCACUGGCGGACAUGGAGCAAAAAAGCACACAGCCAGGGGACAAGAGCAGAGAAACUGACAACAACGAAGACGAACACGAAGAAAAACUCAACGGAUAUACGCUGUACGAAGACUUGACAAAAUUAAUGGAAAAAAUAGAUGCGAACACCUCUGUCUCCGUAAUAGCAAGAACCGCUGAGUACCACAAUAUAGUGCUAGUCAAAAUGAGUUCCAAAAAACAUAGCAGGUACUUCAGAGCUAUGGAUGACAAAUAUGUUGACGAAAAACCAGAGAAAAAGAUAAUACUUAUCGUUCACGGCCUAUCUCCUAAGGGCUUUACUGCCAUUCCAUGUUUAUAUAACAGACACAGCUUUAUGAAGUUAGUGAAAAUGUACGCAAGUUAUUUGGACAAAUUUGAUAUAUUUUUGAUACCAAUGGGAAAUCCUGAUGGUAUUGCGGAUGCUACUCUUCAAUUAUGGAACAAGAACAAAUCGCCUCAAGCAGCAUGCUUUGGCGUGAACGUGGAUCGCAACUUCGACGUACAUUGGAACAAGAGCCACGGUUCGAACAGUUGUACACAGGUUUACCCGGGAGAAGCCCCCUUCUCGGAGCACGAGAGCCGUGCCGUGGCGGAUCUUAUCCACCAUUACAACCACAAGAUUGUAGCGUACAUCCACGUACAUGCUGGGACUUAUGGUGCUGUAACAUUCAAGGGAGACGCAGUACUUUAUCCCAAAGGAUACACAAACCAACUGAUCGAUGAUAAGUACACCGACAUAGAGGCGGGCAUCGAAGAAGCUAUGAGGAACGCCGGUUUCAAAGUGUAUAGUGUUACUCUGACAAGCCUAUACAAAUGGUACGGACAAGUCAGUGGAUCAAGUGUUGACUACGCUACGACGGUAUAUGGCAUUCCUUACGCCAUGGAGUUCGUGAUGCAGCCGUAUCAGGAAUACCGCACAUCAAACUCCACUUCCGAAGAAAUACAGGAUAACAUCCUCACCGAAGUCUGGCAAAGAAUCAUUGACGUAGUCUUCAGCACCAUUUACAAAAGUACAACACAUGUCUCCUCCGGAGAAUAAAAUAAGAAGAGUGUAUAAAGA